GAGCGCUCCGCAGCAAAAGGAUGUGUGAGCAGGCAGCGCGCUACUGUAGGGACGGAGUCCACAAACUGCUGAACAAAGAACAAGCCAAACUUCGAGCCCAGGAAAGCAGCGAGCAGCCGAAACCCGUAGCCUGUCAGGACAGCGAGUCCGCGACGGCAGCGCAGUCCGGAAACAGCGGCGCCCAGCCCGGUGGAAUCGACGGGCUCGUCCGCUGGAUCGUCACCAAAAUGAGCGACAACAAGAACAUCUCCAGCCGGGAGUACGCCUCCAGCAGAGAGGAGGUGGCCGUGGCUCAGGAGCAGUUCUUUGCCCCGGAACCGCGGAGAGGCAUCUCCGUUAUUUUGGAUAUAUUCAGAAGAGCUGACAAAGAUGAUGAUGGUAAGCUGUCUCUGGAUGAGUUCCAGGCUUUCUUCUCUGAUGGCACGCUGAACGAGGAAGAGCUGGAGAAGCUGUUUCACAUCGACUCUGAUAACACCAGUAAUGUUGAUACUAAGGAACUCUGUGACUACUUUGCUAAGCACAUGGGAGAUUAUGAGGGAGUGCUGGCCUCAUUGGAGACACUCAACCUUUCCAUCCUCAAAGCCAUGGACUUCACCAAAAAGGUUUAUGAGAGAGGGACCAACGUAGAGCAGUUUGUGACCCGUUUCCUGCUGAAGGAAUCAGCCAAUCAGAUCCAGUCUCUUCUGAGCUCUGUCGAGAGUGCCGUGGACGCCAUUGAUGAGCAGCACAGCCAAUCAGGUCAUCUACCUGCCAAGGUGAGUCCACGGAUGCCAGAGAAGCGUAACGAAAACUCUGUCCCUGACUACCCCCCUAACAACAGAGUCAGUGCCAGGGAGGCCGUCAGGACCAUCAACACUGCCUCAGGUGCAAUAGAGGUGAGGAAAGAAGGUCUGGAGUCUCAGAUCAACCGCCUGGCUGAACUAAUCGGACGCCUGGAGAAUAAGACGGUCUGGUUUGAUCUGCACCAGAGGCUAACAGACACAGAUGGCACCACCAGCGCAUCCUUGUUGCUGAUUCGUCAGGAGAUGGUGGUUUCCCAGAAGAAGCUCGGCGAGUUUUGCGAGGCUCUGAAGCAGUACUUGAAGAAUGUCUCCACUCAGAGAGACUGCUUUCAUGUGACUGCCGUGCGACUGCCUGACGGUUUAUCCUUUGUCGUGUAUGAGUUCUGGGAUGGAGAGGAGGAGUGGAAAAGGCACCUCCAGUCGCCCGCCAACAAAGCCUUUCAGCAUGUGAAGGUGGACACACUGUGCCAGCCAGAGGCCAUGUCCUCUGUAGCCGUGCCAGCCGCCUGGUGCAGCGUGAACAAGGACUGAGCAUGAAGAUAUUCAACAACACGCCAAGACUCCUGGACACUUCCCCCUUUCCUCUUGAAGCCCCUUCCCACCCAAAACCCUAGACCUGUACCCCUGCAAUUCUACCCCUCUCACAUCCCCACCUCCCCCUCCCUCCUUUAGCCCUCACAUUCCUCAACUCUUUUUGUAAGUACAUGUUUACACAGUGAAAAUGAAUGGUGUCAACCGCAGUGAAAAUUGAACAAACAGUGCAUUUUACACGGAGAGAUUACUGAAAUGCAAUCUCAACGUAGUGGUUUUAUGGCUACAGGUAUUGGAUUCUGUCAUGCUCAUGUUUCAAGUAGCUUUGAGCCACUUUAUGGUGGAGAUUGUCAUGUAGCAAGGACCCUGAAGUUGAGUUUUCAUGUAGCAGUCAGUCAGUACGUUUACAUGCACAGUUAAGUCGAACUAGGGUUAUAGCUCGAUUGGGCCAUUUAUAUGGUAGACUGUCCAUGUCCCAGUGUACCAGCACCGAGGGAGAAUCAAUUUAUGGACAAAAGUGUGUCAUACUCUUCUACCAUAGGGAGCGAUAUGCCCCAUUUCAGCUAGUUACUAUUGGACCUUUUUCUGGUUAGCAAACAGCAAAGUGGUGGUUGCAUAGGUUGUACUGUAUGUUGAAUGGUGAAAACAUGGACAACUUUACAGCUCUGUGAAUUUCGUACAUGCCCAUCACUUUACUUUUGGUUAAAUUGCAAUGCAUCCUAUCCCUCUAGCUUAUGGUGAUACCCGGAGGCCGAAGGUACUGCAACUUUUGCUUAGUCAUGUAAUUAUGCUGUUUGGUGCAAGGAUUGUGGAACAGGCUACUUUGGGCCCAAUUGAGGUGUAUACAUACACAAGAGUUAAUCAAUCUUCAACCGCAUUAUCUAGGUGUGUUUGUCCGACUCCAAAAAAUUUGAUUUAAUACUCUUUCAGUCGCACUAACAUGUUUACAUGCAUUGUAAAAGUCUAGUUUUAGUCGGACUCGGACAUCACAAUAAAUCGACUCUAACUGCAUGUAAACGUACUGACCAUCUUUGGGUAGUGCAUUUAUGAAUGCUGCAUUUAUUUCCUCUUUGUUAGGGUAGAAUUUACCACAGGUAGCUCAUCUUACUGUUGUUUCAUUGUAGCUUCUCAUUUCACAUUUGCACUCACACAAAGUGUUGUACACUUUGGUUUGUUUUGUUUUUUGACAUUAUUCUCACAUCAGCCAUAAACACCUUACAUUGACACGUUGAGUAUAAUGUAUGAGGACGAUAGACCUACCUAGUUGCUGGAUAAGCUUGCAAUCUCAGGAAAACUGAAUGCUUGAAUUUAGCUAGAACAGUUAGCAUCUAGCUAAUGGUUAGACUUACUUUCCCAGUCACCUGAUUCCAGGUCACUAAAAACAGUAUUCAAUGGUAAAAUCAAGAAGACCUUGCAAGCAGUCUUUUACAAGGUAAGACAGACUCUGACUUAAUACAGGGAGGCAGAUAUCUAAUAUGAUUUAAGUUCUUCACAAAUAAAUGCUCUUUUUCAUUUCAAAUACAAAUGGCACUGAGAGGUUAGACUUGGGUUAUUUCCUGGACUGUCCAUUAUUAUCCUAUAUACCAAUGGAAGAAAGGUAGAGUUCCUGUCAGGUAUUCCCUCAGUAUCUCAUUGGGUAACAGUCCUUACACACUCUAUCAAAGAACUAGGGCUAUGAUUGUAACAGUUCUUAAAUGCUAACAAGCAUUUUAACCAGUCCUUGAAUGUAUGAAGACACCUUUUAAGUGUAAUUUUUUGUGUUGUUUUUCAAAUUUGGACAUAGUAUUUGAAUUCAAAGUAUAAGCCUUUUAUUAAACAGGUCAAUCUGAUCCAUUUGUUUUGGUGUGUGAGACCCAAGUACACCUAUGUUUAAUGGCUACUGUGAGAGUAAUGUCUCUGAUGCUAUAGGAGCUUAUUUAGCAUGUGAAAACAAGUCCAAGCUAACUUGUGAUUCUCAGACAUGUAGCCAACCAUUAGAGUUAGGGAUUUAAACCUCAUUACAAACCUUUUAUGUCAUGAAACACUUUGGGGUCAAAUGUUGAAUCUCUACACAGUGAUAACAGGGCUGAGAUGAACAGAUAAUAUAGCUGUAGAGGGAUCAUGAGUGACUUAGAAAACAGUCUGCUGCUACUUUGAGACAGAGGAGAUUAAGUAGAGAGACAAAGAUAGCACCUCACUGUUCUCCAUGCAGCUAAAGUUUGUUAUAUUUUUUGCCUUCAGUAAGUGUAUUCUUUCUCUGAUUUGGCGAUGGGUAGCUUAUAGUAGUGGUGUAAGUUUAGGAGAGAUUGUACAUAUGAGAAUAUUGUUCAGUUAUGACUAUAUUUGUAUUUAUUGACAUCUUUAGUGCUAUGGUGCAAUUUUUCCUCAGUGGAAGUGGCAGUAGCUAAUUAGGCAUUGCAGCUUCUUGUAACAGUUUGUUUGAAUCAGAAUAACUACCAUCAGAAACUUUAAAUAGAAACCCAUCUAAAUGACACUGAAUAUGAAGCCUUAAACAUCAUCACAUGGAGGAGGAGGUCGAGGUUUUGAGGAGUUUUCAAAAGAUUCAUUUCUUCAUAGAAUGUGUUCUAAACUCCCAGUAAGUAGGGGAACCUCUGAGCAUUAGAUUACACAACACCAUGUCUGAGUUGCAUUGACAUUUUGAUGACACAAAGAUCGUUUCACUAUGCCAUAUCACUAGAAAAACCCUUGAAUUUAUGAUAGUACUCCUUAUAACUAAGCAUACUGUUAGCUCCGCACCACCUUGGCAUCUAAACAUCCCUCACUACAUGCCUGAGCAGUGCGUGUGCUUAGCAGAACCACAUGCUUUUCAUUUUGUAAUGCAUUUUAACGGGUUAAACAUCCUCACGGCCCAUGUGUGCUGCACAGCUUUGCUAAAUCACAGGGUGUGGCAGUGCUGAAAUACUACAGAACCAGGCUGAAUUUGGUUCUUUGCAGAAAAAUGCUAAAAUAGAUAUGUCAUAAUUACAUAAUACCAGCAAUAAUACUUUUUUCACUAAGGUUUCAUUGUCUAUAUCUUUAGACAAUGAAUUGUUUCAACACAAACUCAGCGUAAAGAGGGUCAGGCUGGUUGCAGCUGCAUGUAGUCUAUGUACACAGGGACAGAGUGGAUGUUAGUUCUGUGAGGCAGUCACAACGCACUGUUCAGGUGUGCAGUGUCUCCCCGGCUUUACACAUGAAGAUCAGGUAUACUGUCUCCAUUCAACCCACUAAUACAAGCAUGUCUAUAACUAUAACUGAACUGGAGUAUCAAAGAAUCAACAGCUGGGUGGGUCUGAUCAGCUAGGUCUGUGUCUAUAACGAACUAGAACUAGACUUAGUUUUGAAGCUCUGGUAUUUAUGUCAUGUUUAGGACCAAUGACCAUGUUAUUGGAUGGAAGUUUUUGAAAUUUGACAUAAGGAGUGCGGCCCACUUACCAUAAUUGAUGCUUUAACCCAUUUUAUAUUAAAGCUCCAUUCUGAACGACUACAACCCAGUGGAGGGCACUCUUAAGCAAGCACAAGGGUCAAGGGAGUGCAUUGAGACUAGACAUUGGGCUACUGUUUAGUUUUAAUCUUUGGCCCUGAGUUCUAUUCACAAUCCAAAUGAAAUGAAGUCAAUUGACACCUCUAAAGUACAUAAUCCAAACUGGCAUCCUAUCUUACUGACAUAUUAUAUUUAGACAUAUUAUGUAUGUCUGGCUCGUCCUUAUUUUGAGAAGAUUUGCUUGAAAUUGAUCAGACCCACCUCUGCAUCUGCUCUGUUUCUUCUUUAUCAUAUCAAUACUGGGGAAAAAACUGAGCUCAAUAAAACCUUACCAAGCCCCCUCACCUAACCUUCUCACGACCAGCACCGCCAUGAGUCCACCACCGUCAAACAAUCAGACUCUCACUCUGAAAGCACAAUGUAAAAAAAAUAAGUGAAUAUUGUGACUUAAAGAUACAGUAUAUAGGAGGUUGUUGAGUAUGAUGAGAGUAUUUAGAGAUAUAUAUAGUAUUACUGUUUAUCUGUUUUGUUUCUUAUUUAUAGCUCUAUUCUUUCAAAGGUGCCAUCAUGCCAUCCAUCUCACACUUGAGUCUAUUUUCUCUAUUUCCCUCUGUGAAUGACAGCCAGUCAGUCAUCUGCCAGUACUGUGGUAGUAGUGAGUGGGGAUCUAGCUACAUUGAUACUUAUAAUGAUCCAGCACCAUUCCCUUCUUUUGGAGCGCUGUGUUGCAUUGAGCUGGGCAGGACUGUGUGGAAUGUGGACAUAUUAAAUGAUGUUAAAUAUAUCAAGUACACAGAAUAUGUAUUACAGUAGGCUUAUAGAACAGGCAUGCAAAGGCGUCGCUUCUUUAUCUGUGAAAUGUAUCGAAUAAGUUCAGAGUGUCUGUGAUGAAGAUACCCUGUGGAGCUGUGCUAUGGAACAAGGUGUUUACAAGUUGGCUCCUGCUGGUUACACUGUAGUAUUCUGACUCUAAGCAGUGGUAAAGCUACGAGAAAUGUAGCAAUGCGUCAACCAAGCCAAUUAGGUCUAGGUGGCUACAAACAAUACAGUGGGGAAAACGAAAGAAAAGGAUUUUUGUAAGUGUGUUCUGAUGAAGGAACGCACAUUUUAAAAGCACAUGGGUGUUCUGUCACUUGGCAUCUGUAUAGCUCAGCUGCAUUGUAAGGUUUACAAGAUUCCUGUAUCGAAGAAUGUACUAAGAAGUGCCCAAUGAAGACGUUUCAGAGGAACAAAGCAGCAUUACGGCCAAUGUCAGAUAAGUUUAUGUUGGUUACCAAACUUUUCUGACAUUGAUGCGUGCACAUCACUCGAAAAAUCUAUGAAGUAAUUACAUUAUCCACAACACCAACUAAUCAGGAGAUGUACAAUCCCGGAACAAUUACAUUUUAAAUAAUGCCUUCUUUUAAUUCUAAGUCCUGUCUCCUGUUCCAGUAGUGGAAAUCAAUAGUCUAACAUUACAUCUUAAUAUGGGCUGUUGUCCGUGCCUUUAGCCUGUCUUGCCUUGAUUACUGCAGUUCAAUAUUUAUUCGCCUGUAGCCUGCAGUCAGUGGUGAGUGCACCCAGCAAACGCUAAGCACAGAGAUCAUAGCUCUCCAUAUCUUUGGAGGAUUACUUAAGCCUCCUACAGAGUUGAGUUUCAGAUUACAUUAUAAGGCUUUGGCUCUAUUAGGGUUUAUACUUCACCAUUGUGUUCAGCUGUAGAGGUCACUUUGGCUUCAUGGAAGUUUCGAUGCCUCAGUGUAGGCAAAAACCCUGCUAAUGAGGAACAAUGCUUUUGGCCUUCAUUUUGUCAGAAACACAGAUGGAUGGUAACUUCAACAUUCAUUGCUGACUGUCAAAAGGACUUCUGAGGACACAGCGGAGGCCUUUAGAAGACCCUGAUUUUUUUUCCAGACAUCAGGAUAUCUGUCUAUAUGUAAACCUUAAACUGCAGCCGAGCUGAUUACAGAACAACCAAUUACUUACAAGACGGCUCCACAAGGUACCUUUACCCUUUCAUUCCUUAAAAAAAAUGACAUGCACUCCUGUGCCAAUAAAAGCUUGUUUGCGUUCAAGAAGGAGCUGCUGUAUCUGAAUAGAAACAUAAAGCCAUAUUGCAUGGAUUGAUGUGUACAUGUCAGUGACCCAAUAUACUGAUAGCCAUAGUUUUACAGUACUCCAGUGCCCAGCUAAAUGCAGCACAUGCGAUCUUACUGAGGGCUUUUCUUUCCUGUACAUUGUGCCCAGCCUGGUUGGGUUGUGUAAAUGAGUUAGAUAGUGAGUGAAGUGUCAGAAAUGCCAAUACUGUUUCCUAUUGAUACAUUCCUGAAUGUCCCUCAGACUGUGCAACCUGUUCUUUUCUAUCCUACUCCUCAGUGCAACCUGUGCUUUGUCAUACAAUGAAAGAGUUAUGCUAUUGAAAUGUAGUGACGCAGGACUUGAUUGAAUGUUUCCCAGCAACAUGAAAAGACAACAUGUAAAACUUCAGGAGGCCUGGUGGACGCUGGUUGACAAUAAGCUUGUCGCCAGGUCAGCCUCAACACGCUUUGUGACAUGAACAACAGGCCAAUCAGGAAACUGAAAAACGGAUCAAGGCAAUAACUCUUCCCUUCUAUGGCUGUGUUCUUUUCUAUCCUUCAACUGAGUGCAUGUCAACUGAAUGUCCAGUAACUUCUUUGCUGUAGUAUUAGGCCAUGCUACUCUUCAAUGGGUUUUGUGCAUUUCUUACCUUUUUUCUUUUCUAGUAUACCUAUAAAGGAGAAAGAGACUAAAAUCUAUGAUAUUAAAAUAUAUAUGACUAGAAAAAAAUGGCAUUGAAGAAUGAACAUUCACUUUUAUGGCAAUGUUUAAUGAAAUAUUAAUUCUUAAUGUAUGUUUCAGUAAAACAGCUUUCUCUUCUUAAGUGUAGAGACUUAUUGCAGGGAUGCAAGUAUUAUAUUUGGUCUUAAAAUAAUAUAUUGUUGAAAUUCUAGAUGAUGUAGAGUGAUACAAUUCAAUAAAACUAUAAAACUGCAAA